AUGUUUAAGCAAAUACCAGAGAGAUGGAGGGAGUUAAGUGGGCAGAACAACUGGAAGAACCUGCUGGACCCCCUCGACCUCGACCUGAGGCGGUACCUCAUCCACUAUGGCGAGCGGGCCUCGGCGACUUACGACACAUUCAACUCUGAGGUCAAGUCCAAGUAUGCUGGGGACAGCCGGUACGGCUUGAAAAAUCUGUUCUCGAAGGUUGGCCUGUCGAUCGCCAACCCUUUCGAGUACACUGCCACCAAGUACUUCUACGCGACAUCUUCAGUCAAACUCCCCGGAUGUUUUCUGCUGAGGUCCUUGUCCAGGGAAGCCUGGAACAAGGAGUCGAACUGGAUAGGGUAUGUUGCGGUGGCGACUGACAAAGGCAAGGCCGCACUGGGGCGGAGGGAUAUAUUGAUCGCCUGGAGAGGUACUAUUCAGGUGCUGGAGUGGGCUAGCGAUUUCAAUUUUCCGUUGACGCCUGCUACAAAGAUACUGGGGGGCACAGACCCUGAUGCAGACGCAGACACCGCUGCAGAUGCAGCCGCAGACGAUGUUGACGAUAUAAUUCCUAAAGUGCAUAGCGGGUUCCUCUCCGUCUACACCUCGGACGAUCCUCGCUCGGAGUUCAACAAAUCUAGUGCCAGGGAGCAGGUCCUGACGGAAGUGCAGCGGCUGGUUGACCAAUACAAGGACGAGGAAAUCAGCAUAACCGUCGCGGGCCACAGCCUAGGAGCAGCGCUUGCAUCGCUGAACGCUGUCGACAUAGCCUGGAACGGCUACAACAGGUCAUGUGGCAUCCAAUCACAGCAACCCUGCCCCGUGACUGCCUUUGUCUAUGCGAGCCCCCGUGUAGGAAAUCUCAAAUUCUGCAAUAUUGCCAACUCCAUCCCAAGCCUGCGCCUCCUGCGCACUGCCAACUUGCUCGACGUAGUCCCAAAGGUCCCAGGGGCAGGGUACUCUGAUGCGGGACAAGAGUUGCUUAUCAACACUCAACUGUCCAAGUACCUGAAGAACCCCGGGAACAUUUCGAAAUGGCAUUCAGUAGAAACGUAUUUGCACGGGUUGGCGGGGACGCAAGGGACGAAAGGAGGAUUCAAGCUGGAAGUGAAGAGGGACGUAGCGCUGGUGAACAAGCACCAAUCAUUCGUUAGGGACGAGUAUCUGGUGCCAGACGAGUGGUGGGUGAUGAAGAACAGAGGGAUGGUUCAGAUGGAGGACGGCUCCUGGCAGCUGGAGGAUCAUGAGAUGGACAACGAUUCAUCCGAUGAUGAGUCUUGA